AAAAUACAAGACACUUCAGACUUAUGCCUGCUCUCAAAAAUGGUUGACUUCAGAGUUGAACAACUUCUAAAGUAAGUUUGAGAGUCUUCUGUAUUAUAAAGUGCUCCUUCGUGCAGGCAGGAAGAUGUCGGCUUCGGUUGAAUUUAGCCAGUUGCCCCCCGGUUCUGGAAGCGGAAAAUACGAGGUGAACGCGAACAUCGUCCCGAACUUGUCAGCAGCGGGCGACUGCAGUACAGGCACGCCCGGGAAGUACCGCCCAUUGCGGCAGCAACCACUUUGCACAGUUGCUUCUGGCGAUUCUGUUCCCGUGCACCAACAAACUUCGGGUAACACCAACAAGGUAUUGUCUAUUGAUAUGAUAAACCCUAAUACAAGCAGUGACAAUGAACAAAACUUGGUAUUUGCAAAGACAGUGGAAACCAACUGCACGAGGGAUCUACCGGAUAGUGACAGUCAGAAUUUGAUGGGCCUACCACUGGACAAAAAUUCUAGUUCGGAAAAUGAAGUUAUUGUUAAUUUAAAUGUGUCGGCAAAUGGGGCUCACGACCGGUCAGAAAUUGGCAAUGUUGGUGAGCAACUCGAGGUAGUUAUAGAACCCCCUGAGAUUAUUAAAGAAAAGGAAAACUCGAUGAAUAACAACUCUUCUUCCCAACAAGUUGAAGACGGCCAUGACGCUGAGAAUGUAAAACAUAAGUUAAAGAAAAAGGGGAGCAUCUUGCAGGCAGUCCAGUUCCAUCUCCCUAAAUUUAGCAAGAAGAAGGGACACAUUUCUCCAAAGGAGAGCUCAACCUCGAGUGACCCGGAAGGGUCUCCGGAGAAGAAGUCUGGCAAGAAGAAGAAAAAGGACAAACGUAACAUUAAAAUUGCUGUGGUGGAGGUCGAGGAGAAUCAGGAUGAUGUCGUCCUCAGCGACACUGACGCCAAAUUGGAUGAAAGUAUGCCUGAGCUUGAACCUGCAGAAAGUUCCGGCUCAAGGGACAAAGCAGAUUGUGAAGCAGACGACAGCAAAGAAGUGUUUGCGAGCGAGAGAUAUGAUGAUGAAAACAUCACCAUGGUUACAGAUGAUGUCACUCAAACUUGUGUAGAUUAUUUUGACUCCGAAGUUGGACAGGGGUCGGAAGAUGCAAACGAGGAGGAGGUUGAAGAUGCAGAUCGAAGAGAUAAGGAGCUCUUGGCAACAUCCGUGGAUGAGGACAACAAGACACUUGAAGAUGAUGCAGUUGUCAUGGUUGUGGUAGAUGAUGCUGAUGUGGACAAUGACGAAAUAGAGAAACCUGAAAGUGCCCCUGCAGAUAACGAGCCAUCGUCAGUCCAAGAUUCUUCCUUUGCCUCAGGGGAGGAUUUCUACAAGCUUCCUGAGAGUAGUCUCAGCACCACCACAGAUAGCAGCGACGUCUCCCAGGAGCUCCCUGAAGACCCCUCUACAACUGCUGAGGGCAACAGCAGCAUCAGUGCAGAGAACAGCAGCGUGAUCACACAGUCAAGUGCCAGAUCCCCUGAGGAGAACAUGGAGAUGCCUUGUGAAGUUGACGACGGCACCCGUUGUGCCACUGUGACGGAAGAAACUGUUCAAGUACCCGAAAAUCCUACAAACGACAGCAACACUUCCUCCUUUGAAAAAAAUGAAAACUACCUACAAGAUUCAGACCAGCAUGUAGAAACUGCUGUCCUGUCCAGUUCCAUUCAGUCCAGCUUUGACACUGACAGCCCAAGUGUUGCUGAUACACCUGAGCAAUCCCCGAAGAAGAAACACAAGAGAAAGUUGCCUCUUUUAAACGUUAGCUUGCCUUCCUUUGGUAAAAAACAUCAUCAUCGGUCAGCAAAGUCCCCAGAUCAGUCCUCGGACUCUGACAGGUCUGGCUCACCGAGUAAGAAGUACCCCUGGAGAAAGAGGAGUCCCAAGAAAGCUAACAGUAGUACUGGAGACCCAACACCAAAAGGUGUUGAUGUGUUGUCAGAUGAAGACAAUCCACAAGAGGUUGUGGAUGCUGAAACAGAUCUCGUGACUACGGAGGAAGAAGGCAAGUCGGACUUAACUGCAACCAAUGAAGAUGUUGAGGAUAGAGUUUCCUUCCCUGAAACUAGUGAUCAGAUUGAAGCAUUUGGAUGUGAUGAGCGUAGAGAUGUCCCUGACGAAGCCUCAAUCGAAAGACAGGAAGAUGUGCAUCUGGAGGAGAAAGCAUUCUUUGGUAAGGAGGAGGAUGAGAGUGAAGACUUUGCUGGUACUAUAGAAGAACAGAUUGAAGGAGCAACUUCCUCUAUAAAUGAUAGUAUGGAUAACCAAGAAGAUGAAUUGAGUGAUGGAGAAAUACCAUCAGAGGCCAUGAUGGAUGCUGAUGAGUAUCAUCCUGAGGACGGAGACAGCAUCUUCACCCCGGAAGAUGAGGUCAUUGAAGAAGAAGAUGAUGACUGUCUUGAUGAUGAUGAUGCUGAUGCCCAAGGUGCUGAGGAAACAAGUGAGAUCCCUCUAGAUGUCAAAGCUCAAGGAAUUCUCCAAAUGUCCAUCAGCCUGGAGGUCCAUGCCUCUCCCACUCACAUCUCUUCACCAGCUGAAGACUUCAUCUUGACCGACGAGUCCAUGGAUGUUGAAAAUGAUGUUGAGGAGGAGGCACCUCAAGAGGAUGAGUUGACAGCCGCUGAGAAGAUUCUUCAGGAAUGCAACCAGAUUGUAGCAGAUGAUUCAAUUGGGGAUGUCCAGUUCACUCCUGAGAUGCUGAGUGAGUUCACAAAGACCAUUGAUGCCUUUGAAGAGGAGGAGGAGGAGGAAAGGAAAGAAGGGGUGGAAGUGAAGAAAGAAGAAGAGGAAAUAAAAGGUGAGGUGGAGGAAAAGAUUGAAGAGGAGGAGGAACAGAGUGAAGAGGCGGAGGAAAAGAUGGAAGAAGAACAGAGAGAUGAGGAUGAGAGACUUCAAGAAACAAAUGGAGGUAAAAAGAAUAUUAUUGGAGAGGUUUUAAUUGAGGACAACCAAGAAGGCGAAGUUGAGGGUGAAACAAGCUCUGAUAAGCUGUCUAUUGAGUGUGCUCAUUUUGAUGUUGGGUGCCAGUUGACCUGGGAAGAUGGAGAUAGUGAGAAUGAGUUGGAGCCUGGUGAGGUGGAUGGAAAAAUGGAGAGCUCGUUUCAGUGGAGUCGGGAGGAGGCUCCUAAAGAUUCAGAUAAGAAGAGUGUUUCAUCGUCUGCAUCUUCCUCAGGGUGUGUCGGAGAAGACAUGUCACUUAAGGAUGGAAACUUUCAGAUUCAAGGUGUUGCAAUUGAUCUUGUAAAUGCAACUCCACAAAAAGACCAGCUCAACGUUGAGAUGUCGGCAAAAUCAAGUGAGGUUGCUGAUUCUCUGCAGGUGGAGGAAGUGUCUAACCAGUUAGCAGUCAGCAGUGACAUAUCCCCUGAAGUCCUUGUUGAGGUAUCACCCUCAAGUGAUUCUCCGGGUAAGCCAAAUGGUCCAGAAUCCUCAGUUGAUCCUGAUCAUGUUAUUGUUGAAGGUGUUCAAGAGACGGGAAUUGGAGAGUCCCCCAAGGUCACACAGGAAGUCAAGCAGAAGUCAAAGACUAAAGGCUUCUUCUCAGGGUUCAAUUUUCGCAUUCCAAAAUUCGGCGGAAGGCGCACGGGCAAGAUGAAGGUAUCAUCCAAAAGUGAUUGCCCUGAUGUUGGGACACAGGGUAAGAUUAGUUUUAAAUCUCAAGCUGAACAUGAGACAGAAGACACCGUACCAGAAGUUCUCGGCUUGUCAAAAUCUUCUUCAGAGUUGGUCAUCAACAGGUGUGGAUCUAGUGAGGAUGGAAAUAGUUAUGUCUUGGAGGCUAGGGCUCCCUCAGUACCAGACAUUUCCAGUAAAGAUGCAGAAUUCAGGAAAGCUAAGAAGAAGUCCUUCACACUCCCAAAUAUGCAUCUUCAUUUGCCGAGGUUUGGUGGAAAGAAGUCUCCAAAGUCAAAAUCAGAUACCAAAAUAACCAUGCCCAGUGAAGGAGAGACGAGCAUCGCAAUUCCUGAGAUACAGAGCAGCCCAGAUGCAGAGGUUAAUAAUGUCAUUAAAGUGGAUGUUGCUGUAGAGAAUCCCAUCACAGCUGAAGCUGCAGUAGAAGCAGACUUAAGUGUAAACACUUCAACAUCUAAAAGUUAUAAGAGUCUUAAAUUGGUGAGCAAUUUAACUGUGAAAGGAGAUGCUGCAGAAGUUGGUGCAGAUUUUAAUGGAGAGAACUUUCAGGCAGAUGGUGUCUAUGUUGCAGUGCCUGUUCUUAUAGAAAAUAGCUCAGAUGAAGGUGAUGCCUAUGCAGGUAGCAUUGACUUUGUUAAUGGAGAUGAAUCUCCACCUGAUGCGGCAGGUGAAUUCCAAGCUGAAUUAGAUGCAGAAAUAGAUGUCAAUACAAAGGUUGAUGCAGUUGAUGUGGGUCUUCCAUCUUUGAGUAAUGUCCUUCCAGAAUUUGAGGUAAAAACAGAGGUUGAUACUUCAGACACAUCUGACAACUGUGAGGUUGGUGUUCAAGUUAAGACAGAAGUUUCUGAACUAGCUGAUCACCAGAUCAUUUCAGGAUAUCCAUCACAAGAUUUUGAAGCAUCUCAAGGAGAUAUUAAUGAGUCAAAAGAUCAACUAGACAAUUCUGGUGAAGUCGCUAUUGAAGCAGUAUCGGGUUCUUCAGGUAGUGUAGACGAUACUUUUGUGGACAAGUUUUGUGACAUCACAACAGAUGGGGAUACUAAAGCUGUGGAUGUGAUUAUUUCAAGUGGGCUUUCAUUGUCAGCUGGAAGUGAAGCUUUGGAAAAUGAAAUCAAGGGUGACAAAUUGUCCGAAGGAGUAGAGGAAACAGCUAAACUCGAGAUGAGUGAGCAAGUUUCAGAAGCUGAACCUCUGAACUCACCAACCAAGCACAGAUUCAAGCUGCCAUCCUUUAAUUUCUCAUUUCCCAAGUUUGGUGGUAAACACUCCCCGACAAAGAAAUCUUCCUCCCACGAUUCCAAGGUACUGCCCAGUGCAGUUGUUGAUGAUGUGGAAGUGAUUGUAGAUGGGUGUGAAGAAGAUGUGAAGACAGUCUCAGUCAGUACAGAUUUGGUAAUGAAGGGCCCUGAGGAACCAGAGUUUAUGUCAGUAGAAUGUGAAGAUGCAGUUAAAGUGACAAUUCCUGAGCCUGUUAUUGAAGAGACAUUGCAAGCCUGUUUUGUAAAACCUGAGGUAGACAUGAGUGAAGAACUUCGAUUGAAGUUUGGUUGUCUUGAAAGCGGAGACAAAAAUGAUGACGUGAAAGUGAAACUAGACUUUGAUACUGAAGAUGCUUCACAAGAACUAAAUAAAGGUGACUCAGAAUUAAGUCUGGAUGGAUGUGAGCAUAGUGAUAACACAUUCGUCUCUGAUAAUGAUGGGGUCUAUUUCCCAGAUGUGUCAUUCGGGUCUACUGAAGAUGUCGCCCCACAAAGAUAUGAUGUAGAGACUAAUGGCAGUCUUCCAAGCUUGGAUGAACCCAUGGACCUCAACUGGGAAGAUGAGUUGUGUUCUAGGGUGCAGGUGACCGCGCCCAAGUUCACACUAUCGGAUCUCAGGGGUGGCCUGUCUCUUGGUGUGGCCUUGAGUGAAGAUGAAUCUGUUCACAGUGACAAUGAGGAGAUGAUAAAUCAGGAUGUGGUUGACAUGGAUGAAAAAGAGGAGGUACAAGUAACUGCUGAUGUUUUGUCACCCGAGAUACCAGAGAUGAGUGUCGACCAUCCUCAGUUAAAUGUCCUAGAAGAUUCUUCCUCACUCUCAGCCUCAGCCUCAGCUCCCGAACUUAGCCUUACUGUGAGUGCAGCUGUCUCAGAACGAAAGGGGAGCACAUCUUCUCAUUCCUCCACUAAAUCUGCAUCUUCCCACAGCUCUCAGACCAACCCUGGCAAACUCCAGAAGAAAAAGAGUGGCAUCAUGGCAUCUUUGGGGCUAACCAAGCUCCAUCUGAAACUUUCUCCUCGCUCCAAAUCCCCCGAUAGACGAGCCACAAAUGAGAAGCUUCCAGAGGAUCAAGGAAACAAUUUACCGAUAGAACCAGAAGCAGGAUCACCAAAGACGCCAGAUGAGGAGGGACAGAAAAAGGGACGAUGGAAGCUUGGGAAAUCAUCAUCCAAGGCAAAGAACAAGAAGGGAUCCAGAAGCAAAUCAAAGGAAUGUCAUGAGGAAGGAGGUGCUGAUGCUUGUCUAAAUGGGAGAGUUGGAGUAGACAACACCAUUCAAGCAAGUGUGGAUCUUGAUCAUCGACCUGGUACUUCAUCUGGCCCAGCAACCAGCACCCCAUUGAAGUUACCCCUCUCCCAUAACAACAGCGCCCAGUCUCCGCAGACCUCCUUCAACAACAGCCUGAGCAUUGAGCAAGGAAUUGCCAUCCACAGCUCCCCAGCCACGCCUGUGUCCACCCAACCGCCCUCCCGCCGGCCCUUCUGGGUUGUCGUGGCCAUCGACUUUGGCACAACCUUCAGCGGUUAUGCCUACAGCUUUACGCGCGACCCCGACGACAUCCAGAUCAUGCGCAAGUGGGAAGGGGGCGACCCUGGUGUGACGAACAUGAAGACACCAACGACGCUGUUGCUGACCCCUGACGGGGAGUUUCACUCGUUCGGUUUUACAGCCAGGGAUUUCUAUCAUGAUAUGGACCACAACGAAGCACUGAGAUGGAUGUAUUUUGACAAGUUCAAGUUGGCGCUGCACAAUGAUCCGAAUCUAAAUCUGGAUACGGAGCUGACAGCUGCCAAUGGUAAGAAGAUUCCAGCCAUCAAGGUGUUUGAGAACGCUCUGCGGUUCUUCAGGGAGCACGCCAUGGAGGAACUGUGCGACCAAUCCAACGAUGGCAAGUUUGACCCCGGAGACAUUCGCUGGGUGUUGACUGUACCUGCCAUCUGGAAACAACCGGCCAAGCAGUUUAUGAGACGAGCUGCGUACAGGGCUGGUAUAGCAUCUUCCUCCUGCCCAGAGCAGCUCCUCAUUGCCCUUGAGCCCGAGGCGGCAUCCAUCUGCAUCCGUAAGCUCAGGAUGAGAGAAUUGGUCCCAGAGAGACUCUCACAGCGCCAGAAGUGGUCGGUGGAUAAGCCGGAAAAAUACAACAGCCAAGUGUCUGAAAACAUUCGCCAUGGUACCCGGUACAUGGUGGUUGACUGUGGAGGAGGGACGGUAGAUAUCACGGUUCAUGAAGUGGAGGAAGAGAUGGGAACACUCAAGGAGCUGCACAAGGCUGCAGGAGGAAUGUACGGCUCUGUCAGCGUCGAUAGAGAAUUUGAAAAACUCUUGGUGGGAAUCUUCACCAAAGACUUCAUUGAGGAGUUUAAGAUUAAGCGGCCAGCUGGCUGGGUGGAUCUGAUGAUAGCUUUUGAGUCCCGUAAGCGCAAUGCCAACCCCUACAAGCACAACCCUCUCAAUGUGUCUUUGCCAUUCUCCUUCAUUGACUACUACAAGAAGUACACUAGGGAAAAAGCGUCUGCCGAAGAUGCCAUUUGGAAGUACAACAGCAGGGACGUCACAUGGUCUGCUCAAGUUCCAGGUAUGUUGCGUUUAAGUCCAGAGGGUAUGCAGCAGCUAUUUAGACCAGCCGUGGCAAAUAUCAUCUCUCUGGUUGAAGGAUUACUCAAUGAACCACAACUACAGGGGGUGUCUUACCUAUUUUUAGCCGGGGGUUUUGCUCAAUCCUCACUGCUGCAGAACAGAAUGAGGAAGAAGUUUGCAAGUCGUUUAAGAGUGAUCAUCCCCCGGGAUGUUGGGCUGACCAUUCUCAAAGGUGCCGUCAUGUUCGGGCUGGACCCCACCGCAGUGCGUGUCCGCCGCUCGCGUCUGACCUAUGGCGUCGGGGUGCUGAACAAAUUUGACUCCACAAAACACCCCAAGGAGAAGCACGUCGUGAAGGACAGCACGGAGUGGUGUAGAGACAUUUUUGAUACCUUCGUACAGGCCGAUCAAUCCAUCGCGGUCGGGGAUAAAGCCACGAGGAGCUACACCCCGGCAAAGCAAGACCAAACGGCUAUCAUCAUCAAUAUUUACUGCACGGAGAAGGAGAACGUACAAUUCAUCACAGACGAAGGGGUCCAGAAAUGCGGCACGAUGCACAUUGACGUGUCUGAUUCGCAGAGCGUUGUGACUGCUGGGGGGAAACGGAGGGAGCUCCAACUGACCAUGCAGUUUGGCGACACAGAAAUCAAAGUAAGCGCCCUCGAUGUUCCGACGGGAAGAUGUGUCAAGGCAAAUUUUGAUUUCCUUAGCAAGUAACGUAGCUACAAAUCACAAGAUUUUAAAUCACGCAGCAGCCAUUUUGGUCGGGUAUCCUGUGCACAAGUAUCAAUCACAAUGGGGAUUAUGCAUUUGUAUAGAAGGACCAUACUAUUUUGCUUGCCGUCUGGGUUUAAUCACAUGCAAAUAUGAGGUAAAACAAAAUGGUAUGGGACUAUAGGAGAAUCCAAGGACUGCAUAACUUAGGAUUAUGUUUUAAAAGUUAAUUGCCAAACAAAAAAUUCAAAGCAGAACCGUUGCCAGUAUUAUACAUCAUAGGGCCUUUGGGCUGAUAGAUAUUUUCAUCCACUGAGCGUAUUCAUUCUCUCGGCUAAGUGUAAUAGUCGGUCAGGUUGGCGAAGUAGUAUCUUUUCUCGUCUCCACCUUUAGGACCCCGGUUCAAGGUAGAUUGGAUGCAAGUCUUCUAGGGUUACUUUAUGAGUCUUUGGAUGACCAAGUGGUACUUGUAAAGUCAUUCCCUUUCUGGCAAAAGGAAAAUUAUGUAUGAUGUAAAAUAGUUAAUCUUAGUUACUUUUUAGACCCCAAAAGUAUUUAAUUUCCAUGCAAAAUGAUAUAAAAUA